AUGACGGACUCCGUCGCAUCAGAGUCUACUUCCUCGCAACCUAGUCCCCAUCGGGUACCCAACGGACAGCAACCCCGGAAGCUCCGUGACAGCUGUAUUCACUGCGCUAAUUCAAAGGUCAAAUGCAAUAAGGAGAAACCGGUAUGUAGUCGCUGUGCUCGACGUCGUCUGGAUUGUGAAUAUAAGGUAUCCCGCCGCACUGGUCGAACCUCGCGGGCUGUAAACCAGUUGCCGGGAAUAGGCGCUGCGACAAGGACAACAGGAACAUCAACAUCGCCAGCACUUCAGCCGGCAAGCAUCGGUAUAAGUGCAGUGGCAAGUUCGCAAAGCUCAUUGUUGACGCCGAUUUCGACGAUUCCGGUCAUUCAUCCUUCGCCAGAACACUGUAUAGCACAAACUCCAGAUCUUUGGCGGUCUCUUCUGUCUCCCAGUGUAUUCAACACAGAUGUUGGAGACUUCUCCUCUCUCAUACCCAUGGCGGAUGAUGUCGGGGAUAUAUUUGCAUCAGUCAUGCCACCGCCUCAGUUCGACAACUGCGCCAUUGAUUCAACCCCCGGGAUUGCUAGUUCUGUUUCGGUCACCGAGCACCGAUUAUUUCCUACACCAGAGCUUUCAGACACAAGACCAACGGAGCCAUGUGAGGCAACAACCAACCAUUUAGCGUGCUGUUUGAGCAUAGUGUUGGAUAUUUUCAAGGAUUUGUUUCCGAAUGCCCCAACGGCGUGCAAACGCCCAGGUGGCCACCAGGGGUCUGGUCCGGCCCGGACAAUAGAGUCCGUUAUUUCACAAAAUAAACAAAUCAUCGAGACUAUCAAUGCGGUGCUAGAUUGCCCUUGUUCUCAUGAUGGAUACGUCAUAUCAAUGGUCUCGCUCGCCGUUUUUAAGGUCAUGGGCUGGUAUAUCGCUGCCGCGCGAGACAAGAGAGUAACCCCGGAUGAUGUCAUGGAAUGGGGACAUGACACUGUCAUUUAUCCAGGAGUAUCUGACCUUUCAGCUUCCAAUAAACGAGUGCUGUGCUCCCCCAUGAUUAUAGGGAGCCACUGCAUAGAUUCUAAGAGCCAGAAUCGCAUGGCAGCGCAGCUAGUCCUUAGCGAGCUUCACCGCGUACAACAACUGGUUAACGUGCUUUCAUCGCGGUUGGAAAGUAUUCGACUAAGUACUUGUCUGGCCUCGGAUUCUACCUUUGGUUCAGCAACUUCUGAAGCUCUUGAGAAUUCAUUGUUCACAGCGAUGCAGACAUCGCCCUUAUCAGGGUCCACGUUCUCUCAACUAGAGGAAGACCUUCGGAAACGCCUUCGUGCCAUAUCUUCUGAAACAAUCGAGAUACUGCGCCGAGCAUGAUGGUGUAUGUAUUUCGAGAGGGGGUUGAUGCUGUUGGCCGUAGUCUACUGGAUCCCAAUCCUCAUGAGUAUAGGGCUUUCUCAGGUCGAAUAAUAAAAUGUAUCCCCAGGUGGGAGCGGGCAGCAUUUAUUAAGGGUCUGGGGGAUAUGGAGAGAAUUUGGUGGGUUAAUGUUGGUUCAUUGUAUUUAGGAGUAAUGAAAUCCUCAGGCCGGUUGUUCCGCGGGGAUUGUAGAACAUCAGUGCAAAGUACAACCGGGGUUGACAACCGUCCCUUGCAGCUCGUGCUGGAUAUUCCAUGGGGUGUCCCAAUCACAGACUGUUGUAGAAAUUG